AUGGCCAUGUACGAGGGCAUCAAGGAGCGCGUCGAGGGGUACUUCUUGCGCGCACUCUCGGCGCCGCUGGUCACCCCGACAACUCCCACGAGGAUCACGGCUGACAUCCUGGACGAGUUCACCAAGGAAGUGACGCCGCAGGACAACGCUUUGGCACACUACAUCGACUUAGUUGUGAACCACGCGGAUGCCGCCCCAGCCAACUUGGAUGCACUCUACAAGAAAGCGUCCGAGAACAACGACUGGAGCGGCCUCCCAGCGCCGUGCGGUUUCAAGAGCCCGCCCCCGCCAGAAACUCAGCUCCAGCUCGCUAUUUUGGACGGCCAGGACGGCGCCGAAACAAUCCUCAAGCACAUCGUCCUUAAGAGCCCCGAACGUAAGAUGAAGUUCGCGCCCUUCAAGGAGUUGGCCUAUGGGGCGCCGCGGAGGCUGGUUUUCGUGCACCCGAAGAUCGGCGCGAAGGUCUGGCAAUGCGUGUUUGAAGCCUUUGGCGGCAAACAGUUUCGCCAAUUCUUCCUCUCGCCCGAAGCCAAGGCGAAGGCCACCCAGAACGCUUUUUAUGAGAAGAGCGACGAUGAGAUCAACGCUGGCUUCGACUACAUCAUCAACGAGGCCCCGAAGUCCACGGUGGGCUUGCAGCAGGCGCGCUGGCAGACGAUCGCAAUGAGGGCAGGGGUGCCCCUCCACGGAUGGCCCAUCGGCCUCGUUGAGAAGUCCUUGCGCUCCUUGGCGGCGGAGGGCGCUCUGGCGAAGAAGGAGUUCAGUAACAUCGUGACCCUUUGCGAUGAGCACUUCAACCUUCUCGUUCUCAAUGCCAUGGCGGAUCUCAUCAGCAGCAACCACUCGCUUGUCCUCGUUGGGGAGCCCAGCGUCGGCAAGACACCGCUCGGGCGCGCGUUCUUGAUGGCAAUGUGCCGCAGCCUGCGCGCGAUUGCCAUAUUCCUCCACUACGGCGUCGCUGCUCGGCCUAGCGGGUGCGCCGAGUGCGGCGGGCCGACGAAGUUCGAAGCCCGCGCCGACCGCGAGUGGAACACCUACCGCUGGUCGUGCAAGACCGUCGGGCACAAGCACUUCUGCGAACCUGUGAACUCGCGCGGCUUCCUCACGAAGGUUCCUGUGAACUCGUGGAUGCCUUUCCUGUACUUGAUCAACAACCUCCGCUUGGGGCGCAACCUCAAGGACGCCCAAGACGAGAUGGCCGACCUGUUCGGCAACAUUCACAGGGGCACGAUCUCCGUUUGGAAGCAGCUCUACCAGGAAUGCCCGGGGAAAGCGCUGCCUGCGUUGGACGCCCUCAUGGUCGGCGGCAAGAAGGGGGACACCGUGGUCGUCGACGAGACGGUGAUCGGCGUCGAUAAGGCGGACGGAUGGGUGCUCGAAUCCAGGAGCGUGAACAAAGGCGGGGCCACUACGGCGCGCGCAGGGCCGCGCAGGACCACCAAGCUGGUGCGGAAGCAGAUCCUGAAGCGAUUGCCAGCGCGGACGGUCUACAACACCCAGCAACUCAAGAGCAAGCCGAUGAAGGGGCCGAUGAAGGGGCCGAUGAAGAGGCCGAUGAAGAAGCCGAUGAAGAGGGCCCCCCCGCGGAAGAACGUAGCCAUUCGUAAGAGGCCCGCCGCCAACUUGAAGAGCAACGGCCGCUGGCUCUGGAUCGCCGUACUCGUGGGCAACAAGUCCGACGUCUACACGCGCCAGGACCUCAGGAAGAGGGUGACGCACAAGCUCCUGCCGCGCAAGGCCGACGCCCCGUCGGCCUCAGCGCGUUCAGCCCUGGGGAAACUAGGUUUCGAGAGCCCCCCCGCGGUGGUUCACGAGGGCAACCAGUACAGGGACAAGAAGACUGGGUUCCACACCAACGACGUGGAGUCGGAGAACGCUCGCGCCAAGGGAUGGUCACGCAAGCGUUGCGGCCACCUCCACCUGAGCGAGGCAGAGAUGGACGAGUACGUCUUCUACGUCAACGUCGGCGGCGCGAUGGCCAGCGUGAUGCGGGGCCUGGCCGCGUCCAAUGACUUCGUCGCGCGCAACGCCGCGAUCUGA